AUGCGCCGCACCCUCACAACAACAACCAAAGCAGUACGGCUCCGCUUCGCUCCCUCGCCGACGGGCGCGCUGCACGUCGGCGGCGCGCGCACUGCGCUGUUCAAUUACUUGUUCGCGCGGAAGUGCGAGCUCCAGGGUGGCGACGCUUCGUUCCUGGUGCGCAUUGAUGAUUCCGAUAGCAGCCGCACGGUUCCGGGCGCGGAAGAGGCGAUCCUGAGCGACCUGGCGUGGCUCGGCCUGAGGUUCGGCGCACCGGCGCGCUGUUCCGAUAGAGCCUACGCUUCUACCGUCGAUCAGCUGCUCGCGCUGGGUCAUGCUUACCGCGAUUUUGGCGGCGCCACGAACUGGCGCGACGCGAGCGACGCGGAGGUCCGGCCGCUGCUCAACGACGGCGUGCCGCACGCGGUGCGCUUCCGCGUGCCGCGACCGGACCAUCCCGUGCCGCAUGUGGUGGAGGACGCCGUGCGCGACCUGCGCUGGGCCGACGUGCGCCGGACGCUGCGCGAGGACUUUGUACUCGUGCGGCGCGACGGCGCGCCGCUCUACGCGCUCUGUGCUGUUUGUGGCCUGUGCGGUAUUCAAGCGCCCGCGCCGUCCCCGCGCCUGCUCGACGGCGUGUUCAAGCGCGCCGCGCCGUCGACGCGCGCGCCUGCUCGACGGCGCGAAACAUCACCACGCGCAGGCCGCCGACGACGCGCGCGACGGCAUCACGCACGUCGUCCGCGCGGCGGAGCACGCGUCGAACGCGCUGCCCCAGACGCUGCUGCUCGACGCGCUCGGCGCGCCGCGGCCGCGCUACGCGCACUGCUCGCUCGUCGUUGAUUCCGGUGCGUCCCGCGGCGUCCCUCCUUCGACGCGCGCGAUCGCCGCUCGUACGCCGUCGACGCGACCCCGCGCGCAGACGGCCGGAAGCUCUCGAAGCGGUCCGCGUCGGUUGCCACCGUCGCCGCCUUACGAAAAGACGGCUGCACGCCGCUCGGCGUGUGCGCCUACCUCGCGGGGCUCGGCGGCCGGGCGCCGCAAUCAAUAAAGUCGCUCGACGACCUCGCGCGGAGUUUCGAGCUCGAGGGCCUGUCGGCGGCGCCGUCGACCUUCGACCGCAAGCAGCUCGACGAGCGCGACGCGGCCGUCGCCUUCACUUCCAAGCUCGGCGCGGCCCAGCUAGCUGUAGCUGUCCGCGCGCGACUUUCAGUAAACGGGUCGCCCGCGGCGUUGGAUGAGCUGGCCGGUGCGGCCUGCGCGGCCUUCGCCGAGGACAAGCUGAACGCAAUCGGUGUCGUGAGUGCAUUGAAUGAAGCUUUAACGCCGGACCGCGACGGCAUGGUCGAGGCGGCCGCCGCGCACGGGACAAUCGCGCGGCGGUUGGUGGCGGACCGGGCGGCGCUGGGCGCCGUCGUCGACGCGGCGUCGUGGCGGGCCUACGCCGACGAAGCCAUGGAGCAGCUGGGGCUAUCGAAGCGUGGCGCCUUCCUCGCGCCGGCGCGCCGGCUCCUGACGGGGCGCAAAUCGGGGAGCGACGUCGGCGCACAGCUUGGGCUCGCUUCGCUUGCUUGUAGUCUUGGGGUGGCGGAGGCGGUGGACGUGGAGGGGCGGGUGGGGGUUUUGGGGGGGUUGUUGUGA